GGCUUGAGUCAGAAAGGUGUUUGUCGCCUUCUUUUUCCAAACUGUGGUGACUGUAAGGGACUUGUGGGAUAGUUGGACUAUACUGAGAAAGCUGACACUUAGAGGAUGGCACCUCACAUGUUCCUUCUCCUGUUAGCAGGUCUAAUAGGAGCAGCAACAGCACAAGUUGAAAAUACAACAGAAUCAGGCAACCUAACAACUAUAUUACCAGAGACCGUGGACUCAAUACAAAAUAGCACAGAGCUCACAACUUUGGCAUCAGGCAAUGGAUCAGAGUCAACAAUCAAUGAAACCACAACACAAGUGACUCAAUCAACAACCUCAGACAAUGGAACAGAGUCAACAACCAAUGAAACCACAACACAAGUGACCCAGCCAACAAUCUCAGACAAUGAAACAGAGUCAACAACUAAUGAAACCACAACACUAGUGCCUCAGCCAACAACAUCAGACAAUGGAACAGAGUCAGCAACCACUGGUGCCACAACAGCACAAGUGACUCAGUCAGCAACCUCAGACAAUGGAACAGAGUCAGCAACCAAUGAAACCACAACAACACAAAUGCCUGAGCUAACAACUGCAGACAAUGAAACAGAGUCAACAACCAAUGCAACCACAACACAAGCGACUCAGUCAACAACUUCAGCCAAUGGAACAGAGUCAACAACCACUGGUGCCACAACAGCACAAGUGACUCAGUCAGCAACCUCAGACAAUGGAACAGAGUCAGCAACCAAUGAAACCACAACAACACCAAUGCCUGAGCUAACAACUGCAGACAAUGAAACAGAGUCAACAACCAAUGAAACCACAACACAAGCGACUCAGUCAACAACUUCAGCCAAUGGAACAGAGUCAACAACCACUGGUGCCACAACAACACAAGUGACUCAGUCAGCAACCUCAGACAAUGGAACAGAGUCAGCAGCCAAUGAAACCACAACAACACAAAUGCCUGAGCUAACAACUUCAGCCAAUGGAACAGAGUCAACAACCACUGGUGCCACAACAGCACAAGUGACUCAGUCAGCAACCUCAGACAAUGGAACAGAGUCAACAACCAGUGUUGCCACAACAACACAAAUGAUUCAGUCAACCUCAGACAAUGGAACAGAGUCAGCAACCAAUGAAACCACAACAACACAAAUGCCUCAGCCAACAACAUCAGACAAUCGAACAGCGUCAACAACCACUGGUGCAACCACAACACAAGUGACUCAGCCAGCAACUUCAGCCAAUGGAACAGAGCCAACAACCAGUGAAACCAUAAUAACACAAGUGACUCAGCCAACAGUCUCAGCUAAUGCAACAGAGUUACCGGCUACUGUAACUGCAACAACACACCAACCAACUCAGCCAACAGGUUCAGGCAAUAUGACAGAGUCCCCAACUACUGUAACUGCAACAACACAACAAGCAACUCAGCCAACAGCUUCAGGUAAUGUAACUUCAGAGGAAGUCACUAACAUAACUACACCAUCAAUCACCACCAUGCCAGUAAGUCCAUCAUCACCAGCAGCCAACGUCACCUCACCUCCACUCGCUGCAACUUCUGAACCAAUCAGUCCAACAUCACCAGCAGCCAACAUCACCUCCCAUCCACUCACUGCAACUUCUGAACCAAUCAGUCCAACAUCACCAGCAGCCAACAUCACCUCACCUCCACUCACUGCAACUUCUGAACCAGUCAGUCCAACGUCACCAGCAGCCAACAUCACCUCAACUCCACUCAUUGCAACUUCUGAACCAGUCAGUCCAACGUCACCAGCAGCCAACAUCACCUCCCAUCCACUCAUUGCAACUUCUGAACCAGUCAGUCCAACGUCACCAGCAGCCAACAUCACCUCCCAUCCACUCAUUGCAACUUCUGAACCAGUCAGUCCAACAUCACCAGCAGCCAACGUCACCUCACCUCCACUCACUGCAACUUCUGAACCAAUCAGUCCAACAUUACCAGCAGCCAACAUCACCUCACCUCCACUCAUUGCAACUUCUGAACCAAUCAGUCCAACACCCCCAGCAGCCAACAUCACCUCACCUCCACUCAUUGCAACUUCUGAACAAAUCAGUCCAACACCCCCAGCAGCCAACAUCACCUCCCAUCCACUCACUGCAACUUCUGAACCAGUCAGUCCAACAUCACCAGCAGCCAACGUCACCUUCCAUCCACUCACUACAACUUCUGAACCAAUCAGUCCAACGUCACCAGCAGCCAACAUCACCUCCCAUCCACUCACUGCAACUUCUGAACCAGUCAGUCCAACAUCACCAGCAGCCAACGUCACCUCCCAUCCACUCACUGCAACUUCUGAACCAAUCAGUCCAACACCCCCAGCAGCCAACAUCACCUCACCUCCACUCACUGCAACUUCUGAACCAAUCACUCCAACGUCACCAGCAGCCAACAUCACCUCCCAUCCACUCACUGCAACUUCUGAACCAAUCAGUCCAACAUCACCAGCAGCCAACAUCACCUCACCUCCACUCAUUGCAACUUCUGAACAAAUCAGUCCAACACCCCCAGCAGCCAACAUCACCUCCCAUCCACUCACUGCAACUUCUGAACCAGUCAGUCCAACAUCACCAGCAGCCAACGUCACCUUCCAUCCACUCACUACAACUUCUGAACCAAUCAGUCCAACGUCACCAGCAGCCAACAUCACCUCCCAUCCACUCACUGCAACUUCUGAACCAGUCAGUCCAACAUCACCAGCAGCCAACGUCACCUCCCAUCCACUCACUGCAACUUCUGAACCAAUCAGUCCAACAUCACCAGCAGCCAACAUCACCUCACCUCCACUCACUGCAACUUCUGAACCAAUCACUCCAACGUCACCAGCAGCCAACAUCACCCCCCAUCCACUCACUGCAACUUCUGAACCAAUCAGUCCAACAUCACCAGCAGCCAACAUCACCUCACCUCCACUCACUGCAACUUCUGAACCAAUCACUCCAACGUCACCAGCAGCCAACAUCACCUCCCAUCCACUCACUGCAACUUCUGAACCAAUCAGUCCAACAUCACCAGCAGCCAACAUCACCUCACCUCCACUCACUGUAACUUCUGAACCAAUCAGUCCAACAUUACCAGGAGCCAACAUCACCUCACCUCCACUCAUUGCAACUUCUGGACCAAUCAGUCCAACACCCCCAGCAGCCAACAUCACCUCCCAUCCACUCACUGCAACUUCUGAACCAAUCAGUCCAACACCCCCAGCAGCCAACAUCACCUCACCUCCACUCACUGCAACUUCUGAACCAAUCAGUCCCACAUCACCACCAGCCAACAUCACCUCCCAUCCACUCACUGCAACUUCUGAACCAAUCAGUCCAACAUCACCAGCAGCCAACAUCACCUCCCAUCCACUCACUGCAACUUCUGAACCAAUCAGUCCAACAUCAUCAGCAGCCAACAUCACCUCACCUCCACUCACUGCAACAUCUGUACCAGUCAGUCCAACACCUCUAUCCAGUAAAGCUUCACCAACAAUUACCAUGAAUUCAACAACAGUAAAUAUAACGUCAACAUUACCCAUUCCCACAUCACUACCAGUAACCUCACAGCAAACAGGUACAACCUCACCAACAUUCAGUGAAACGCCACUAUCUACUCUGUCACCUGUCAGCCAAACCUCAGCACCUACCAUCUCAACUUUGUCAUCUACAAUGCCAUCAACUAAACCAACAACUACUACAACUGCUGCUACAACUACAACCACAACACCUGCACCACCACCAAAGCCAAGAGUUAUAUUAGAAUUUAAGGUGCAGCAAGAAUACAAAAAGGAGUUGGAAAACAAAUCAACGCCGGAGUUCAUAGAUCUUGCCAAAAAUGUGUCUUCAGCACUUGAUGCCGUCUAUUCCCAGAGAUUUGGAUCUAUUUUUAAUCGAACUGAAAUAAAAGGAUUCAGACAAGGAUCGAUUGUCGUCGAUUCUGAGCUGAUAUUCAAUAACAUCACAGAAAUACCGAAUGCCAGUGUCAUUGCUGAAUCUUUAAAGAAUGCGAGCUCCACCCCAGGUUUUGGCCUUGCGGUCAACAUAUCUACUAUUGCUGCAGCUGUUGAAAUAGCUACAACUCCAUCACCCACAACUGUCAUCCCAACAACGGCUACAACAUCAGUGAACAUGACAUCCAUAACAGCCUCACCAACACCAGAUACAACAUCUGUACCAGUCGGUCCAACAUCACCAGCAGUUGACACCACCUCAACUCCAUUCAAUGCAACUUCUGUAUCACUUAGUCCAACAUCACCAGCCGUUGACGCCACUUCAACUCCAUUCAAUGCAACUUCUGUAUCACUCAGUCCAACAUCACCAGCCGUUGACACCACCUCAACUCCAUUCAAUGCAACUUCUGUAUCACUCAGUCCAACAUCACCAGCCGAUGACGCCACUUCAACUCCAUUCAAUGCAACUUCCGUAUCACUCAGUCCAACAUCACCAGCCGUUGACGCCACUUCAACUCCAUUCAAUGCAACUUCCGUAUCACUCAGUCCAACAUCACCAGCCGUUGACGCCACCUCAACUCCAUUCAGUGCAACUUCCGUAUCACUCAGUCCAACAUCACCAGCCGUUGACGCCACUUCAACUCCAUUCAAUGCAACUUCCGUAUCACUCAGUCCAACAUCACCAGCCGUUGACGCCACUUCAACUCCAUUCAAUGCAACUUCUGUAUCACUCAGUCCAACAUCACCAGCCGUUGACGCCACUUCAACUCCAUUCAAUGCAACUUCUGUAUCACUCAGUCCAACAUCACCAGCCGUUGACGCCACCUCAACUCCAUUCAAUGCAACUUCUGUAUCACUCAGUCCAACAUCACCAGCCGUUGACGCCACCUCAACUCCAUUCAAUGCAACUUCUGUAUCACUCAGUCCAACAUCACCAGCCGUUGACGCCACUUCAACUCCAUUCAAUGCAACUUCCGUAUCACUCAGUCCAACAUCACCAGCCGUUGACGCCACUUCAACUCCAUUCAAUGCAACUUCCGUAUCACUCAGUCCAACAUCACCAGCCGUUGACGCCACUUCAACUCCAUUCAAUGCAACUUCCGUAUCACUCAGUCCAACAUCACCAGCCGUUGACGCCACUUCAACUCCAUUCAAUGCAACUUCAGUAUCACUCAGUCCAACAUCACCAGCCGUUGACGCCACUUCAACUCCAUUCAAUGCAACUUCUGUAUCACUCAGUCCAACAUCACCAGCCGUUGACACCACCUCAACUCCAUUCAAUGCAACUUCUGUAUCACUCAGUCCAACAUCACCAGCCGUUGACGCCACUUCAACUCCAUUCAAUGCAACUUCUGUAUCACUCAGUCCAGCAUCACCAGCAGUCAACAUCACCUCAACUUCAUUCAAUGCAACUUCUGUAUCACUCAGUCCAACAUCACCAGCAGUCAACAUCACCUCAACUUCAUUCAAUGCAACUUCUGUAUCAUUCAGUCCAACAUCACCAGCCAUUGACGCCACUUCAACUCCAUUCAAUGCAACUUCUGUAUCACUCAGUCCAACAUCACCAGCAGUCAACAUCACCUCAACUUCAUUCAAUGCAACUUCUGUAUCACUCAGUCCAACAUCACCAGCAGUCAACAUCACCUCAACUUCAUUCAGUGCAACUUCUGUAUCAUUCAGUCCAACAUCACCAGCCAUUGACACCACCUCAACUCCAUUCAAUGCAACUUCUGUAUCACUCAGUCCAACAUCACCAGCAGUCAACAUCACCUCAACUCCAUUCAAUGCAACUUCUGUAUCACUCAGUCCAACAUCACCAGCAGUCAACAUCACCUCAACUUCAUUCAAUGCAACUUCUGUAUCAGUCAGUCCAACAUCACCAGCAGCCAAUAUCACCUCAACUCCACUCACUGCAACUUCUGAACCAGUCAGUCCAACAUCUCCUACAGUUGACAUCACCUCAUCAUUCAAUGGAACUUCACCAACAAUCACCCUGAGCUCAACAACAGUCAACAAAACCUCAACACUAUCCAUUUCCACAUCACUACCAGCACCAGAAGUUGACACGACCCCAACUCCUGUCAAUGCAACUUCUGUUCCAGGCAGUUCAACAUCACCAGCUGCCAACAUCACCUCACCUUCAUUCAGUACAACUUCACAAUCCACUGUGUCACCUGUAAGCCAAACAGCUGCACCUACCAUUGCAACUUCCCCAACAACAUUGCCAUCAACUAUGCCAACAACAACUACGACAACUCUUGCUACAACUACGACUACAACACCUGCCCCGCCACUUAAGCCAAAACUUAAGUUAGAAUUUAAGGUGCAGGAAAAUUUCAUCCAGGAGUUGUCAAAAAAAGAAUCACCAGAGUACAAAACCCUUGAGAAAAGAGUGACUGUUGAGCUUGAUGGAGUCUAUUCCGAAAAAUAUGGGUCGAAAUACAAUCGAUCUGUCAUCAAUGGAUUCAGUCCAGGAUCAAUUGUAGUUGACUCUGAGCUGGUUUUCAAUAAUGAGACAGCACUACCAAAUACCAGUGAUGUUGUGGAAACUUUAAAGAAUGCAAGCUCCAGCCCAGGUUUCAACUUCACCGUCAACAUAACCAGUAUUGUUGCAGAAGUUGUAAUACCAACUCAACCACCUCCUGUCCCAACUACAGCUGCAACAACACCGACAACAGCGAACAUGACUUCUGUAACAGUAACGGCAACGACACCAGUAACCGCCGUGACUCCACCUCCAACCAAUGCAACGACACCAGUAACCGCCGUGACUCCACCUCCAACCAAUGCAACGACACCAGUGACCGCCGUGACUCCACCUCCAACCAAUGUAACGACACCAGUAACCGCCGUGACUCCAACUCCAACCAAUGCAACGACACCAGUGACCGCUGUGACUCCACCUCCAACCAAUGCAACGACACCAGUAACUGCCGUGACUACACCUCCAACCAAUGCAACGACACCAGUGACCGCUGUGACUCCAACUCCAACCAAUGCAACGACACCAGUUACCGGCGUGACUCCACCUCCAACCAAUGCAACGACACCAGUAACCGCCGUGACUCCACCUCCAACCAAUGCAACGACACCAGUUACCGGCGUGACUCCACCUCCAACCAAUGCAACGACACCAGUAACCGCCGUGACUCCACCUCCAACCAAUGCAACAACACCAGUGACCGCUGUGACUCCACCUCCAACCAAUGCAACGACACCAGUUACCGGCGUGACUCCACCUCCAACCAAUGCAACGACACCAGUUACCGCCGUGACUCCACCUCCAACCAAUGCAACGACACCAGUGACCUCCGUGACCCCACCUCCAACCAAUGCAACGACACCAGUGACCUCCGUGACCCCACCUCCAACCAAUGCAACGACACCAGUGACCGGCGUGACUCCACCUCCAACCAAUGCAACGACACCAGUGACCUCCGUGACCCCACCUCCAACCAAUGCAACGACACCAGUUACCGGCGUGACUCCACCUCCAACCAAUGCAACGACACCAGUGACCUCCGUGACCCCACCUCCAACCAAUGCAACGACACCAGUGACCGGCGUGACUCCACCUCCAACCAAUGCAACGACACCAGUGACCGGCGUGACUCCACCUCAAACCAAUGCAACGACACCAGUAACCCACGAUCCCCCACCUCCAACGACUUUGACAACAGUUACUCCAGCGACAACUCCAGUGCCAGCAGAUUCAAAGCUCCAGAUGACAUUUGCACUAGUAGAACCUUUUAUCGUGGGCCUGGAAACGCCUGGAUCUGAACAGUUUGUCAGUUUCUCAACAACACUAACUAAUCGAAUGAAUGACAUCUAUAGGAAGAGAUUCAGGAAUUUUCUGCGAGUUCUGAUCAGAGCUUUCAGACGAGGUUCAAUUAUCGUUGAAUCUGAUGUGAUAUUUGCAAAUGCGAGCUCUGUGCCAGACCCUCAAGAUGUUGCAGACACUCUGGUGAACAACAGUGCCAGCUUGAACUACACGCUGAACAUAACAAGUGUAGUUGUGACAACUCCAGAAAAUGCAACAACACCAGCAUCCACCGUGACUCCAUCUCCAACCAAUGCAACUUUGACAACAGCAGGAACUACAGCAGCCCCAACCACAACUACAACUGCAGCACCCACAGAUCCUCCAGCUGCCACUGAGGGAUUUCUUUUCAUGAAAUUUGGUCUCAACACAGAAUUUAACUCAGAAUUGGCCGACAACAAUUCAACAGCAUUUCUCCAACUGGCUUCAACUGUGGUUAAGGAGAUUAACAGAAUUUGCCUUGGCCUCUUCAGUGGUUACAAUCGCUCACGCGUCAAUUCCUUCAAGAGUGGAUCUGUGAUUUCCAACCUGACUCUAGUGUUCAGAAACACCUCUGUUGUUCCUAAUGUAAACAACGCUCUGCCACUGCUGGAAAGGGAGCUUCUUAAUUCGACACUGGGUUAUAUAAAUGGCAGCCUGGUUUUAGUGACCUCCGUGACUCCACCUCCAACCAAUGCAACGACACCAGUGACCUCCGUGACUCCACCUCCAACCAAUGCAACGACACCAGUGACCUCCGUGACUCCACCUCCAACCAAUGCAACGACACCAGUGACCUCCGUGACUCCACCUCCAACCAAUGCAACGACACCAGUGACCCACGAUCCCCUACCUCCAACGACUUUGACAACAGUUACUCCAGCGACAACUCCAGUGCCAGCAGAUUCAAAGCUCCAGAUGACAUUUGCACUAGUAGAACCUUUUAUCGUGGGCCUGGAAACGCCUGGAUCUGAACAGUUUGUCAGUUUCUCAACAACACUAACUAAUCGACUGAAUGACAUCUAUAGGAAGAGAUUCAGGGCUUUUCUGCGAGUUCUGAUCAGGGCUUUCAGACGAGGUUCAAUUAUCGUUGAAUCUGAUGUGAUAUUUGCUAAUGCGAGCUCUGUGCCAGACACUCGAGAUGUUGCAGAGACUCUGGUGAACAACAGUGCCAGCUUGAACUACACGCUGAACAUAACAAGUGUAGUUGUGACAACUCCAGAAAAUGCAACAACACCAGCAACCACCGUGACCCCACCUCCAACCAAUGCAACGACACUGUCAAGUGCAACAACAGCAGUAACCACCAUGACUCCACCUCCAACCAAUGCAACUUUGACAACAGCAGGAACUACAGCAGCCCCAACCACAACUACAACUGCAGCACCCACAGAUCCUCCAGCUGCCACUGAGGGAUUUCUUUUCAUGAAAUUUGGUCUCAACAGAGAUUUUAACUCAGAAUUGGCCGACAACACUUCAACAGCAUUUCUCCAACUGGCUUCAACUGUGGUUAAGGAGAUUAACAGAAUUUGCCUUGGCCUCUUCAGUGGUUACAGUCGCUCACGCGUCAAUUCCUUCAAGAGUGGAUCUGUGAUUUCCAACCUGACUCUAGUGUUCAGAAGCACCUCUGUUGUUCCUAAUUUAAACAACGCUCUGCCACUGCUGGAAAGGGAGCUUCUUAAUUCGACACUGGGUUAUAUAAAUGGCAGCCUGGUUUUAGCAUCGGGCGGUCCUCCUCAACCCACAAUGGGAAGUUUGACUUUCUUUUCGCUAAUCAUGCUGGCUGUGGCACAGAUGCUGAUCAACUCAUAGUACUCGAAGCAUAUGCAUUGUCAUUUGAUGCAAGCAGGCAUGCCGUAAUAUUUAAGUUUGACAUAACACAUGCACACUGUGAAAUUUACCAUAUGUGGUAAAAAGAUGUGUCCUGUGGGUCAAAGAUUGAGAAAGCAAAUUGGCAUGUCCUAUUUAAUUUACUAAUCAACUUAUGUAUUUUUUUUGUUUUUGAAUACAUAUUUCUUUGAUUUUAUUCAGUAAUAGUUUUAUGUAUAAAUACAAAUGUCUAAAUUAUCAUGGGUGGUAUAUGUUUUGAUAAAUGUAAUUCAUGAGUCAGCAUAAUACAUUUUUUUAAUUUAAAUCCAUAUUGCCCCCAAAGAAUCUCAAUGUGGUCAGUGUGGUAUGUUGUAUAAUGCUGUGAGAAGAGCAUUAUACAACUUAUUAUGAGCUUAUUAUGAAGAUUAUGUAAUUUAAAGUACUGUAUUGUAUAAGUUGUUUGAUAGUAGACUGUAAUGUCCUGACAAUUAUCUGUGAUAAGUAAUAAAUAAGUAACUGUUAAUGAUUCCUGUUGAAUAUUUUAUGCAUGUUUACAAAAUGCAAAAGAUUAAUUCUACUAUGGAUCAAAAAUGUAAUAAAACAUUAUCUUUAAA